UAGUUAUUACAUAGUUUUAGUUUUUUAAAUUUGUAAACAGACAGCAACAUUUAGCCUGCUAUGGGAAAAACGUAACUUUGUGAAAUAGCACAUUUAGUAGGUGAACUGAAAAUUGGCUUGAAAAAGGUUAGUAUAUAAAAAGUAGUAUAGGUUUAAUGUGAUCAUGGGCAGUCUAAAUGUUUAAUGGUAAUCAGUUCUGUGGAACUGAGCUUUAGAGCGACAUGUAGGGAAAUUAUUUCUUUGUUAAUGGAGAUGAGAGACUCUCCUCACGACAUGUAGAUAAAGGAGCAGCAGAGAGCAGCCUAGCUGUCCCACUGUCCACUGCAGCACACCAAACUCAACGCCUUCAGGAAUGAUACAUAUAUAUAUUUUAGCAGAUUUAAACUUUAACUUUAAAGGGAAGGACUUGUGUUCGUUGUGUGAAGAAGGAAUUGCGUUUUUACUGCAGUCAUUUCUCCUCUGAAACUGGAUAUAACACUUUUGGCUUUAUAUUUAAUUACGGACGGAAUAUCUACAAAGGAAAAAUGAACAGUUUAUCGGUAGAGGCCUAAGGCAAAGAAAUGUACGGCUUUAUUAACACAUGUUUGAAGUCGCUGGUGAUCGAUAAAUUUGGAGAAGACACAUGGAAUAAACUCAGGGAUGCCGCAUGUGUUCAGGAUACCUUCAUGACUUACGAAGUGUACAAAGAUGAGAUUACCGUACGACUGGUAACUGAGGCCUGCAGACUCCUUGAUGUUGAGGCUAGUGUGGUGCUGAAACUGUUUGGGGAAUACUUCUUUGAGUUCUGUAAAAGAUCAGGCUACGACCACAUGAUGCGCACGCUGGGAGCGAAUCUCUUUGAGUUUAUAGAAAAUCUGGAUGCUCUGCACGGCUAUCUCUCCAUUUCUUACAAGGAGAUGAAUGCUCCAUCAUUUCGUGUGGAGAAGAACAGUGAUGGGACUAUGCUCUUGCAUUAUUACUCUGACCGCAGGGGUCUCUGUCACAUUGUUCCUGGCAUCAUUGGAGCCGUAGCGAAAGACUUCUUCAACAGUCGUAUAGAAAUGAAGAUUGUGAAUCAGAUGGAGGAGGUGGAGAGAACAGGAAAGAAAGAGCAUGUUGUUUUCCUCAUAACCCAGCACUUUCCAGACAAAAUAUGCAGUAAAAGCACAUCAUCACCUUCACAGCAGACACAGAAGCCCUCAGGUUGCAGACACAACAAAGUACAUAUAAACAAACAGGAGGUGGAAAGGUCAAGACAGAUCAAAAAGCAAAUCUGUGGUACACAGAGGAAUCAUUGGGAGAUGGUCAGGAGCUUGGUGCAGCUGGGAAAAGGUAAACUUUUGAGGGGAUUUGAGCCUGUUUACCCUAACGAGCUCUGCAUAGAUCUAAAGACGUUCUGCAAUGCCUUUCCUUUCCAUAUUGUGUUUGAUGAAGAAUUGAGGGUGAGGCAGGCAGGGGUGGCAGUGCAGAAGAUUGUGCCUGGACUGCAGACCAUGGGGAUUCAGCUGGACCAAUACUUCACCAUCCUGCACCCAGAGGUCACCUUCACCAUCGCCAGCAUUCGCAAAUUUAUUAACAGUCAUUUUGUGCUGCAAACUCGUCGAGAGAUGAUGCCAGAGAGCUGGAAAGACACACCUAUGCUGGAGCUCAGAGGUCAGAUGUUGUGGAUGGCCUCUCUCCGCUGCAUGCUCUACCAGGCAUCACCUUUGCUCCGCAGCCUGCAGGAGCUGGAAGAGAGGCGCAUGUACUUGUCGGACAUCGCCCCGCACGAUGCCACGCGCCACCUCAUCCUGCUCAACCAGCAGCGGCUGGCCGAGAUGGAGCUGUCCAGCCAGCUAGAGCGCAAAAAGGAGGAGCUACGGCAGCUCUCUCAGCACCUGGAGCAGGAGAAGCAGAAGACAGAGAACCUGCUGUACGCCAUGCUGCCCAAACACGUGGCCAACCAGCUGAAGGAGGGCAAGAAAGUGGAGGCAGGUGAGUUUAAGGAAUGCACCAUCCUAUUCAGUGAUGUGGUAACAUUCACCACCAUCUGCUCCCAGUGUGAGCCGAUUCAGAUCGUCAUCAUGCUCAACUCCAUGUACCUCAAGUUCGACCGCCUCACAACUGUGCACAAUGUUUACAAGGUUGAAACUAUAGGUGAUGCCUACAUGGUAGUAGGGGGUGUACCAAUCCCAGUUUCCAGUCACGGAGAGCGAGUGGCUAACUUUGCCCUAGGGAUGAUUAUAGCUUCUAAAGAGGUCACCAACCCUAUUACAGGAGGCCCCAUUCAGAUUCGAGUGGGCUUGCACAGUGGUCCAGUGCUUGCAGGUGUGGUUGGGGAGAAGAUGCCACGCUACUGUCUUUUCGGAGACACGGUGAACACGGCAUCUCGGAUGGAAAGCCACGGUCUGCCUGAUAAGAUCCAUGUCAGCCCCAAUGUAUAUUAUGCUCUGCGGGAUAAGGGCUUUCAGUUAGAAGAGCGUGGGGAGAUCGAUGUGAAGGGUAAAGGCAGGAUGCGAACCUAUUUCCUUGUGAAGAACUUGAGAGCCACAGAGAGUGAGAUCAUGGGCCGCUGGACAAGGGAAGCUGGCUCUGGUCAGGCGUCGGUUCAGUCCAAUUGUGACUGCAGCUCUGAGUUACCUGCUUUUAGACCUUCUUUGCAAGUCAUUCAAAGCAGUGACAGACGGCCCACUGUAGCCAUGCGGUACGGUGACAGUUUGAAUGAGGAAGAGCCUCCAGCCACAUUUACUGAAGCCCUGCCCAGUGCUAAAAGCCCAACAGAGUUACUAUCACAAAAAGGUAAAUCUCGGGACUCUGAGAGCUACGGCAGUCUGCACAGUGGGAACAGAUCUGAAGAUGAGCCGUUCCAUUUGAAUGAAGCUGUCCGCCGUGGUCCAGACGGAGCUGAACCUCCCCCUGCUGCAGCUGCUGCUCACAGAAAACAGCACGUUUGUAGCAGAUUCUGUGUGGUGGUCUAAAAAAGCACGGAGGAUUCCAGUAGAUCCAGUAUCUGAGGAGUUAGAGGUAUAGUAGAAAAGGUGGUCAUGGAUAUACACUAAGCUCCAGAUUGAUUUAUCAGUUACCCAAUAUGAUACUAUAUUAUUGUUAAAAUAUUGUUUAUUAUUUAUAGGAAUAAAACUUUGUUCAAUGACAUUGUAUGAUUACCAGUGCCAAUAAAUUGCAACUUAAGCAUUAUCUAAGAAUGUGUUAAUAAGUGUUACAUAGGCAUAAAAAAAUGCUUUCAAUUCAGUUAUUAGUCGUUUAUCAGUUUAAUAUCAAUGACAUACAGUAUGUUUAGUUAUUGUUUUAAUUGUUUAAAAGCUUGAGGCAUGAUUAUUAUGUAGACAUAGGCGCUAUGAACAUUUUAGGCAUACAUACUUAUUUUUUAUAUUACUUAUAAUACUUACUUACUUUAUAAUAGUUACUUACUUUAUUAUUCUGGUUGUUUGUAUGCAACCAUACAAAAAUUUAAUAUUUGAAAGAAAUAAUUUUACAUAAAAUAAUGAUUGAUUUUAAGCAUGCCAUCAGUUCAAAUUUCCAACCCUCACUGUUGGCUGCCCACCACUCCAGGCAUGCAUGUAUAUGUUUGCAGUGUUCUGCAUAUUAUCG